AUAAGAAUCACCUGUACUCGCUUUAUAUAAACUAAAUCAAAAGCACUAUCAAUUCACAAUAAGAUUGUAUAGAGUAUAGAAAAUGAUUCGAUUUUUGACAAUCGCUGUUUUAUUCAUUUCUACAUCUUCGGCAAUUGCAAAUUUAUUUUCUUCACCUCAAUAUAGAAGAAAUGAUAUUGUAGCUAAAAUCCAAGACGCUCCCUAUGUGGCGAGUCUUUUUAUAAACAAAAAAUUGAAAUGUGGUGCUGUUAUAAUUACCGAUUCAUUUCUCCUAACUUCAGCAGACUGUCUUCAAUUUGACGAUGUGACAGUUUAUGAAAUUCGUACUGGAUCACUUUCCCUUAAUUAUGGUGGUACAAUACAUAAAGUGGAAUAUCUAUUGAGACAUCCGAAAUUUCAAAUAAAUAAUGUUAAAUUACCAGUUGACGAUAUUGGAUUAGUUAAAGUGAGGGGAACAUUUUUAUUUGAUGGAACAAGAGAUGCUAUACCAAUUUUUCCUCAUAAAUAUUUAUUAACUGGUAGUUAUGGUAAAAUAUUUGGAUGGGGUCUGACAGAUUCGACAUAUCCAAUUCAGUUGAGAACAGGACCGGUUACCAUUGAUAAUGUGGAAAGAUGUAAUGAUCACUUUCAAGGAUUUUUGCCCAAUGGUCAAAUUUGUGCGAUAUCGACUGCGCCUAAGGUUCCAUGCGAUAGAGAUUCUGGUGGUCCAUUAGUGGUGGGAAUUCAUCUCGUUGGUAUUAUUUCAUGGGGCAAAGAAUGUAUUGUAAACAAUCAACCGCAUGCUUAUACUUUCGUUAGUUUCUAUCGCGAAUGGAUCGAUGAAAGUAUUAAUAAUUAUAUGAAUCGUGAUAAGAAACUUUAUGGUUAUCGUUACUGAUGAUAAUAAUACACAAUGUAAAUAAUGGUAAUAUAAUAAUAAUAAUACAAAAAUAUACUUCUGUAUUACACUUGAA